CGGCAGUCUCGCGGUCCUUCUUGGCGGGCUUAGUCGCCACAACAUAAAAAGGCGGGAAAUUUUAGUGCAGUGUAUUUUUUUUAAUUUAAUUUAAGUUAUAAAUAAGCAAAGAUAUCAAAAUGUCUCCAAAAAGAAAAUUGGAAGAAGAAGGCGAUACGGAAGCCCUGAAGUUAGAUCAAGACCAAUCAGCGACAAAAGAUGGAGGCGCGCUUGAAGCUAAAAUGUCGCUUCUUAAUGGCAUCACGGUUAUUGUGGGCUCAAUCAUUGGCAGCGGCAUUUUUGUUUCACCGACCGGUGUAUUAAAAUACACAGGCUCUGUUAAUGCCAGCCUUAUCGUAUGGGUGGCGUCUGGGGUUUUCAGUAUGGUAGGAGCAUAUUGCUACGCGGAACUUGGUACUAUGAUACGACUCAGUGGAGCUGAUUACGCUUAUAUCAUGGAAACUUUCGGACCCUUCGCGGCCUUCAUGAGGUUGUGGAUUGAAUGUAUGAUAGUUAGACCCUGCUCUAUGGCAAUCGUGGCGUUGACGUUUAGCACGUACGUGUUAAAGCCAAUUUUCCCUGAGUGCAGUCCCCCUGAAGACGCGACACGGUUGCUGGCCGCCUGUUGUAUUUUAUUAUUAACGUUCGUCAACUGUUGGUCUAUUCGCGCUGCGACACGUGUUCAGGAUUGGUUUACUUACGCCAAACUGCUUGCACUCUUCAUCAUCAUAGCUGCGGGAUUAUACCAACUGAGCAGAGGGAAGGUGGAACACUUUACAUUUGAAGGGACCACGAGUGACGUCACAUCCAUCGCCCUAUCUUUUUAUUCUGGAUUGUUUGCUUACAAUGGAUGGAACUAUCUUAAUUUUAUAAUCGAGGAAUUAAAGGAUCCAGUGCGAAACCUCCCUCGAGCCAUCGCCAUCUCCUGCACCCUCGUCACCAUCGUGUACACCUUCACCAACGUAGCCUUCUACACCACGUUGUCACCAACUGAGGUGCUGGGUUCGGCUGCUGUAGCUGUAACAUUCUCUGAACGUCUCUUCGGUGCGUUCGCUCUCUCUAUACCAAUGUUCGUAGCUGCGUCCACUUUCGGUGCUGUUAACGGCGUGCUCUUGACUUCUUCAAGGUUGUUCUACGCUGGUGCCGCCCAAGGUCAAAUGCCGGGCAUGCUGACGAUGGUCUCAUCUCGCUCCACUCCGGCACCAGCUGUGAUAGCUGUGGCCGUACUAUCUCUCAUGUAUCUCACAGUGUCUGACAUCUUCGCGCUAAUCAACUACGUCGGAUUCGCUACUUGGCUGAGCAUAGGAGCGGCAGUUCUCUGUCUACCGGUACUGAGAUACACUCAACCGAAUUUAGAGAGGCCCAUUAAAGUUAACUUGUUCUUCCCAGUGAUAUAUAUAAUCUGUACGAUACUUGUCGUGGCGUUUCCCGCGUGGGCGUCGCCCGCGGAGACAGGGGUCGGCUGUCUCAUGAUAUUAACGGCUGUUCCUGUAUACCUGUUGCUGCUGGAACCUAAGACGAGGCUCUCUGGACUUGGAUUUAUUACUGACGCCGCUACCCGUUUAAUACAGAAAUUGACAUUAUCUGUGCGACCAAAGACAAAGUAAACAAAACGACCAACAUCAGACAUAUCCGCGACGGAUUCCAAGUAUUUAGCUCACGCAUAGCCUGAAGGUUACAAAAUAUAUAACGUAUUUUAAAUAAAUAACAUAAAUAUAUAGAAAUAUUACAUGUAUGUUUUGUGCUGGAGUGAGAUAUGUUAUAGAAGUAUUGUUUAUGGUUCAAUUAUAUUAUGCUGUAAUGUAUGCAUGUUAAUGUAUUGAGUUAAUUCGUAAAAUUAAACAGAUCAAGUAUUAAACGUUAAUUAACAUUACCAAUGAAUCAUAUUAUAUUACAUGAUCCUCGUUGUGUGAUAUCAUGUGAUAUUGUAAUUUUUUUAAUCGUUCUGAAAACUCAUUUAAGAUAAAACGGGACUCCUCAUAAUGGACAAUAUCUUUAUAUUUUAAGAAUGUAGCUUUUAUAUAGUUAGAAUAAACAUCGUUUGUAUGCAUAUUAGCGAAAAUUAUAAUUUAAUUUUUGCGUUUGCACAAACUAUAUUUCAUUUAAGGCUGUGUUUUAAAUAUUCCAAAAAAUAAAAAAACGUAAUAAUAAUAAUUAUAAAAAUACAAUCAUUUAAAUUUAAUUUCUAGAUGAUUAAGAUUAUUUCUAUUUUGUAAAUAUUAUUUAACGUACAUGACAUUCCAAUGAACUGCCAAUUCUCGAAUUUUAGAAGCUUUAAGCUGUUAUAUUGUAUCUGUGGCCAUUUUGUUUUUUUUUUUUUUAAUCUUUAUUCGCUUGUCAGGUUACGAUGUUCGAAAGUAAUAUUUGUAUGUAGGUAGCUUGUUUGUGGUUGUUUAUAUUGGGUGUCUUGCAGACUCAAUGUGACAAUAAUAAAUUAUUCAAUACGUGUU